AUAGACAGACAUAUAGAAAGGUUGAUAUAAAGAUAGAUAAAUAAACGGGUAGACAAUUACAGACAGAAUAAGCAUGCUCAGUAUAUAACUUUAAGCUCUCUGCAGACGUCUGUGCCUCUGAAGCGUUGGGAGCGAAUAACGUACCCCUUCCGAGGGUGGGUGUGGGUGGGGCUCGGCUGCACCCUCAUUUCCCUCGCUCUGGUCUUCCAUGUCAUCGUUAAGAACACCGGAAGCACCGUCUACAUACACAAGGCUGACGUCCUAUCCACCGUCCUAUGGCUGAGUCGCACGCUCGUCAACCAGUCAGUGGCUCAGAUCCCCGACGUCCCUGGCUGCAGGACGCUCCUCUGUUUCUGGUGGAUGACUGCUCUCGUGAUCACCGCGUCCUACAUGGGGAACCUCAUCGCCUUCCUGACGGUCUUUGUGAAGCCCACCACGAUGAAGACCUUGAAGGAGACGAUGAAGUUCGAUUUUCCCAUCUACGCCAGGCGACAGGACUCCCUAGUAGCCGAUCUGCUGACAGCCUCUGAAGCCCCUAUUUAUCAAGAGCUUCGGGAACGGCUGAUCUUCUACGAUCAUUUCCCCGACCUCUUUUCCGUUCUGAAGGAGAGCAAAGGAAUGUUCCUGGCCAGCACUAGCUACCUCGAAUACCAGUUUAUGUGUUGGGGUAGCCAUGAGCUCUAUAUCCUCGAGGAGAAGAUCUUUCCGACUUACAAUGUCUGGGCUUUCCAGAGAGGGACGGUGUGGAGGUACCAGUUUGAUAAGUACUUGAAGAUGAUGGCGGCCACGGGACUUGUGGAUAAGUGGCAGAGAGACUUCCUAAGAACCUUCCGCGUAGCCAACAAAUAUUUCAAAGAGGAAACCGACAAACACAAAAUCAUUCUCCGUCCCUUGAAUCUCCAAGACCUUGAGGGCGCCUUCAUCAUCUUCGUCUUCGGCCAUUUGUUUUCCCUUUUCAUCCUCGCUCUGGAAAAUCGUCACUCGUUGAAGCAUUACCUGAAGAAAGCCAAAGAAAACGUGUUUUGGGCGCUGUGUAGGCUGAAGACAAACAUCAUCGUGAGCAUCGAAAGGCGACGUCGCUUAUGCAGGAAAAACAACAACAGGAAAAAGGGAAAACCUGUUAAGCCACGUAAGUUCUUUGAGGAAAAGCUACAUGAAGACAUCGAAGCUUUGAGGAAAGUCUUACAGAUGCAUCAACCAAAGGGUGGAAUUGGAGUGACAAACACGAGGGACCAAGAAAGGGCUUUGCUUCUCAGUCGCCAGUCAACAAGUACGUCUUUGAUUGUGCCGCAAGAGAGGAAUGUUGAAGCAGAAUUGGUACAGUGUUCAGAUGUCGUGGAAACUGAGUGAAUAUAAUGUGGUUUAUGCAUGAACGC